AUGAGCCCCCCUCCAAGUGUGAGCUCUUGUCUAUUCAAUCUCAUCAUCCAACUUCAUCCUGACAUAGUAUCGCAGACUCCUACGCCAAGAAGAUUUCUUCUCCCGAAGAGAGGUACACAAUCGUCUCAAACCCCUACUGCACUUCCACGGUUUCAGUCAACCCCUCGUUUCGCCUCCUCUUCUGUUCCUAGGCCGACACAGGCGAGGACUGGCAUCGAUAUCGAGGACGUUGAAGAAGUUGAAGAUCGCACCCAAGGCACUUAUCCGGACAGCGAAGAUGAUCACCUCGCAUCUAGGAAGUAUGAGUCGCUCAACGACUCCAUUGAAGUCGAAUCCGACAAUGAGACGGCUUCGCAUAAUGCCAGCCCAGCUAUUUCGGAUAACGAGAUAGACACUCAAAGGUCGGAUUUUAUUUAUCGACAAGCUUCCAACACGCCAAGUGUAACGCACGAGGAUUCCCCGCUGGAAGAGCGGGAGCCGAAACGGCGAAGGGUAUCGAUAUCUCCCAUGCGAGAUUCUAGCCCAAUAGAGGAAGAUCACUACAUGGUCGACAACGACCAAAAGGAUACACACGAGGAAGACCAAACCCCAAGCCAGGAGUCUACGCAAAGUAUCCAAGACGCUAUUCUUCCCUAUGAUGAGUCAAAGGCACUCCAGCAACCCACAUUCCGCGCACCACCGCGCUUCAAACAAGCCGAACUCGAUACCACAACGGAUGGCAUUCCAGCCGUUUUCUCCCCACAGCGUCGAGGAGCAAAGUACAUAGCUGGCGGACUCGCCGCUGAACUCCAAGGGUGGCUGUCUGAGGUAAAAGGCUGGGAAGGCUCGACGCCAGCUCCAUUAUCAACAAUCGAAGUAACUGUUGAGGAGGUCCGGCCAGGUCGGCGCAUGUAUCUAGUCAAGGGCUCUACUGAUAUAUCUGAAAACAAGAAGUUCUUACUUGCCGGUGAGGGUAGGUUGACGGGCCUGGGGCAGAGGAUGCCCUUGAGUGUAGGAAGUAUUGUUAAGGUGGGACAGCCAGUGUGGGAUAUUGAGUUGGAUGGAGAGGUUUGGACGGUGGCAUGCGACUGGGGACUGGCAUGA